AUGCAUCCGUGCCUCUGUGUGGAUGAGAUUCUGCGAGUCGUAUUUCGAUGCAUCGAAGAUCGCUCGACGUGGUGUGCGUUGGCCAGGACGUGUCGCGCCUUCACCGAACCAGCUACAGAUCUGAUCUGGGAGACCCUGACCGCCGUGGAACCUAUUCUGCAGCAUCUGCCUUCUGCAAGGACAGAGAGAUUAGGAUUUGGCGACCGGGGCCGGUGCCUGGCGCUAUCACGUCCACUCAGCGACGAUGACUGGAGCAUCAUCCGGCGGCUCUCAAGCCGUGUUCACAGAUUACAUACGCUCUUCAACGCAAUGAAUAACGCCGUUCCCUAA